GAAGGUCAUCAGUCUGACCCUCCCUGUGGCGAGCAGCGAGCUUCCUUUACUCUCCUCUCUCUGCGUCUCAAACAGGGCCUCCGUCACGGCUUAGGAGCAGCUUCUAUUGCUUCUAUAACCACCAGGAAAAGUCUCAGGAGCUCUAAUUUAUCAUUAUUAUCAUUUUAAUUCACGAUGGCUCUCCAUAUAUCCGGUCUAAUAAUGAUGGUCAUCUUUAACUUGUUGGUGCUGGGGAUUGGGAUCUGGGCUUCUCUGAAAUCUAAGAAGAUGGCGAAAAAUUCAGCUGGUGGACAGAUGGAAGUUUCUUUUUUGGCUAAUCGGAGGGUCACCUUGGCAGUGGGCGUCUUCACCAUGACAGCUACUUGGGUUGGAGGUGCCUUUAUCAUUGGAGUUGCAGAGACUGUUUAUGACCCCACAAAGGGGCUAAUCUGGGCUCUCAUUCCUCUACAAAUGUCAGUUUCAUUCAUCAUCGGUGGUCUGUUCUUCGCAAAGCCAAUGCGGGAUAAAAACUACAUCACCAUGAUGGAUCCCUUUCAGAGGAAGUAUGGGAAAACACUGACCGGGCUUCUCGCCAUCAUCCCUUUCAUAAGUGAAGUCAUGUGGGUUCCUGUCACGCUGAUUUCCUUGGGGGUCACAGUUUCCGUCUUUUCCGAUCUGCCCUUAAGUCUCUGCAUCUGGAUCUCUGCUGCGGUGGCCAUCGUCUACACAGUUCUCGGAGGUCUCUAUUCAGUUGCUUUUACUGAUGUCAUCCAGUUAUCACUGGUGUUUUGUAGCUUGUGGUUGUGUGCUCCCUUUGUUCUGGUGAGUGAUGUCUACACCGAUCUCCGUCAAACGGCUUUCAACCACACGUUUCAGGCGCCCUGGCUCGGCCACCUUGAGUCUGAUGACGUGUGGAUAUGGAUUGAUAAUUUUCUCGCAAUGAGUAUUGGAAAUUUGGCGUUUCAGGACUUCCAUCAGAGGACACUCUCCUCCAGCUCCACGGCCACGGCCAGAAUGAUUUGUUUCAUAGCGGCAGGUGUGGUCAUUAUUCUGGGAAUUCCACCUGUGCUGAUCGGAGCUGUUGCAGCAUCAACAGACUGGAACCUGACCUCUUAUGGCUCACCUUCACCCUAUGAGCGAGGAGAGGCUGCCAUGGCGUUGCCCAUUAUCCUUUUGCAUCUUACCCCCACCGCUGUUUUCGUUGUCGGCAUGGGGGCCAUUGCCGGUGCCGCCAUGUCAUCCACUGACUCAUGCCUGCUGGCGGCAACCUCCAUCUUCACCACCAACAUCUACACCCUCGUUAGACAUCAGGUAUCAGAGAGAGAGCUGCAGUGGGUGAUCCGCCUCUCCAUAGUGGUCGUAGGGACUGUAGGAACCUCACUCACCUACCUUGACAGCAGAACGUUGGCCUUCUGGAUCCUCAGCUCAGACUUGACCUACACUGUCAUGCUCCCCCAGCUGAUCUGCAUCCUCUUCGUCAGAUCUUCCAAUGCCUACGGGGCCGUGGCGGGUUACAUUGUUGCCUCUGUGAUGAGAGUGCUGUGUGGCGAGCCGGUGUUCAACCUUCCCGCCAUCCUGCGUUUCCCUGGCUGCGCUCUGGAGGAUGGUGUUUAUGUGCAGCGCUGGCCUUUCAAGACCAUUUGCAUGCUGUCCUCUCUGGUCACCAUCCUGGUAUUUUCUUACGCGACGUCGCUCUUAUUCAACAAGGGGAUCCUCCCAGAGAGGUGGGACCUGUUCAGGGUGACGACUCAAGAAGAAACAGCCCCAGCAGAUGGUGCCAGAUUAGGUGAAAAUGAUAAACAUGCAUCUGAACUGAUGCUGGACACAAGAUGCUAAGUUUGUGUUUUUUUCCUACAUUUUCAAGUCUUCAGCACUUCUGCUAUAUUAAAUGAUGCACAUUGGUAAUGGCAAUGUUGCCUGAUUUUUGGAUUACUUUUGUUGUUAUGCAAAAUAAAAUGAACAAAUACCUUUUACUUAACAGCUAGUUAAACAUUAUGUUUACAAUUACCUUGAGUCAGAAAACAAUUAAUCCCCACCAAGCUGCUUAGAGCACAUUUUACACGUUUUUUUUUUUUUAUCAUUAUUUAAGAGAAAUAUCUGCUCUGCUGUAACAGCAGCAUAUUUGUGUAUAUCACUAUUUGUGUGGGUAACUCCGUAUAACAACCACUGCUAAUAAUGAACUGAUUGUUAGUUAAACUUGAAUAAACGGCUAUUUUACUGUUAACAUUUCAAUAAUAAAUAUUUCUUACUAAUCAGUGGGCAAGUUAUACUUUAAAUCUGUUUAUGUCAUUAAGUUGUGCAAUAUAAAAUUCAAUACUGUGAAAAA